UAUGUACAGCAAUCUGUUAGAGUGCAUUGAAAUCCUAUUUUUCUGAAUUGUUUUUUCUUAUGGAAUUCUUGUAGGUACAGAGCCAAAUGAGUUCACUUUUGCGACUGUGCUUACUUCUUGUACGGGUGCUCUUGGGAUUGAACAUGGAAAGCAAAUCCAUUCUCUUAUAAUCAAGAGCAGGUUUGAAUCCCACAUAUAUGUUGGGAGCUCACUUCUUGAUAUGUAUGCCAAAGGUAGUAAAAUCCAUGAGGCUCAAGGAGUUUUUGAAGGCUUGCCUGAAAGAGAUGUUGUUUCUUGUACUGCUAUAAUCUCAGGUUAUGCUCAAUUGGGUCUUGAUGAAGAGGCAAUAGAACUAUUUCGUAGGCUGCUAAGGGAAGGAAUGACUUGCAAUUAUGUUACUUAUGCAAGUGUUUUGACUGCAUUAUCUGGACUUGCUGCAGUGGAUCAUGGCAAGCAACUUCACAAUCAUGUCCUCCGCUCUGAGAUGCCAUCUUAUGUGGUUCUUCAAAAUUCUCUUAUUGAUAUGUACUCAAAAUGUGGAAACCUCACUUACUCAAGAAGGAUCUUUGACAACCUGUCGGAGAGAACUGUCAUCUCAUGGAAUGCAAUGCUUGCGGGUUAUAGUAAACAUGGUAGGGGAAGGGAAGUGGUUGAGCUUUUCGAACUGAUGCGAGAAGAAAAGAAGGUCAAACCUGACAGCAUUACAUUUUUGGCCGUUCUAUCUGGUUGUAGCCACGGAGGUUUUGAAGACAGAGGGCUGGAAAUUUUUGAUCAGAUGGUUAGCGGGAAAGGUGGUGUUGAGCCAGAGAUUGAGCAUUAUGGUUGUGUUGUAGAUUUGCUAGGGCGUUCUGGUCAAGUAGAAAAGGCUUUUGGAUUUAUCAAACAAAUGCCUUUUAAACCAACUGCUGCCAUUUGGGGUUCACUUUUAGGUGCUUGUAGGGUUCACUCAAAUGUUGACAUUGGGGAACUUGUGGCUAAGAGGCUCUUAGAAAUUGAACCUGAAAAUGCUGGGAAUUAUGUUAUCCUUUCUAAUCUAUAUGCUUCUGCAGGGAGAUGGGAAGAUGUAAGAGGUGUAAGGGAGUUGAUGAAUGAGAAAGCUGUGGUAAAGGAACCAGGAAGGAGCUGGAUUGAGCUUAACCAAACCCUUCAUACUUUUCAUGCCAGUGAUCGAACACAUCCCCGAAAGGAAGAGGUUUUUGAAAAAGUGAGAGAAUUGCUAGUAAAGAUCAAGGAAGCUGGUUAUGUUCCUGAUUUGAGUUGUGUUUUACAUGAUGUGGAUGAGGAACAAAAGGAGAAGAUACUCCUAGUCCACAGUGAAAAACUGGCUUUGGCAUUUGGGCUGAUUGACACUGCUGAAGGAAAGCCUGUUCAAGUCAUGAAAAACCUGCGAAUUUGUGUUGAUUGCCAUAAUUUUGCCAAGUUUGUGUCAAAGGUUUACAGAAGGGAAGUGUUUUUGAGGGAUAAAAAUCGAUUCCAUCAUAUUGUUGGAGGAAUCUGCUCAUGUGGAGACUACUGGUAAACAUGAACCAGUUAAAGCUAGAGGUGACAGUUUGUUGGACCAAAGAUGUCAAAACGAGUUUCAAGAUGCUAAGAUGGGAAGGGUUAAGAACAGAACAGUUGCAGUCACAAUUUUAUUAUUGGGCCUACUUGUUUCGAGAUUCUUAGAAUAAGGGGUUUUACAUCAAGCAUAAUUUUUCAGAUUUGCUGAAAGAUAUAAAAACCUUGAGGAUUGGUUGUAGAGCUGUAAUUUUAUUGACAUAAGUAGGUUUAAUACUUGUUUGAUGAAGGAAGACCUUGGCCACUGUCCCAUGGGUUCCACAAAUAAUCAUCAUGAAGAUGUAAAAAGUUUUAAGCCCUGACAGUGAUAUUCUAAAGGGGAAAAUUCACUUUACCUUUUGUGAUUUUGCUUUGGAACGCUUUACCCUCUUAUAGUUUAAAUAUAUGCAAAGAACCCCCUUAUGAUUU